AUGUCAUCAGAUUCAACAGGAAAAGUAUGUUACUAUUUAUAGUUUUUGGAAUUAGAACUAUCGUAGUUACUGCAAUUGUUCUUAAUUUCAUUUUCUGUGGUGAUUGGUGUUUGUUGCAUCCUUACUAACUAUUAGGAAAUUACUUGUAAAGCAGCUGUUGCUUGGGAAGCAGGAAAACCUUUAAAAAUUGAAGAAAUUAUUGUUGAACCUCCAAAAGCUCAUGAGGUUAGAAUUAAAAUUCAUUCAACUGGUGUUUGUCAUACUGAUGCUUAUACUUUAUCUGGUUCUGAUCCAGAAGGUGCAUUCCCAGUUAUAUUAGGACAUGAAGGUGCUGGUAUUGUUGAAAGUAUUGGUGAAGGAGUUGAAAACGUUAAAGUUGGCGAUUCUGUCAUUGCUUUAUAUACUCCUGAAUGUAGAGAAUGUAAAUUUUGUAAAAGUGGUAAAACUAAUUUAUGUGGUAAAAUUAGAUCAACUCAAGGAAAAGGAGUUAUGCCUGAUGGUACAUCAAGAUUUAAAACCAAAGACGGUAAAUCAUUAUUACAUUUUAUGGGUUGUUCUACAUUUUCUGAAUAUACUGUUGUUGCUGAUAUUUCAGUAGUUGCAGUUAAUCCAAAAGCUGAUUUUGAAAAAACUUGUUUAUUAGGCUGUGGUAUUACUACUGGUUAUGGUGCUGCUACAAUCACUGCAAAUGUUCAAGAAGGUGAUAAUGUUGCUGUUUUUGGUGGUGGUUGUGUGGGUUUAUCUGUAGUUCAAGGUUGUAAAGAAAGAAAAUGUAAUAAAAUUAUAGUCGUUGAUUUAAAUGAUAAGAAAAAAGAAUGGGCUGAAAAAUUUGGUGCUACUGAUUUUGUAAAUCCAAAAACAGACCUUAAGGAAGGUCAAAGUAUCGUUGAUAAAUUAAUUGAAAUGACUGAUGGUGGUUGUGAUUUUACAUUUGAUGCGACUGGUAAUGUUCAAGUUAUGAGAGAUGCUUUAGAAGCUUGUCAUAAAGGUUGGGGUCAAUCGAUUAUAAUUGGAGUUGCUGCUGCUGGUAAAGAAAUUUCAACAAGACCUUUCCAAUUAGUUACUGGUAGAGUUUGGAAAGGUGCUGCUUUUGGCGGUGUUAAAGGUAGAUCUCAAUUACCUGGAAUUGUUGAAGAUUAUAUGCAAGGCAAAUUAAAAGUUGAAGAAUUUAUUACUCAUAAACAUAAAUUAGAAGACAUUAAUAAAGCUUUUGAUGACAUGCAUAAAGGUGAUUGUAUAAGAGCAGUUAUCAAUUAUUGA